GGGAGCGAGCGGGGCGGGGCCGGCGGCUGAAGCCGGAGCGGGGCGCGGUGCCCGGCGGCGGGCGGCGAUGGCGGAGCGGGGCCUGGUGGUGUCGGCGCCGGGGAAGGUGAUCCUGCACGGGGAGCACGCCGUGGUGCACGGCAAGGCGGCGCUGGCCGUGGCGCUGGGGCUCCGCACCUUCCUGUGCCUGCGGCCCGGCGGCGAGGAGCGGCUCCGUGUCCGCCUGCCCGGCGUCGGCGUCCUCGGGAGCUGGGACCGGCCCGGCCUCCGCGCCCUCAGGGGUCGCCUCGAGGCUGACUUUGAUGAAUCUAAGCCCCCCAGCGCAGAACUGCUGGAAGCACUGAAAGAGUUUGCUGGAAUCCCUGCCGAAGCCUCAGCUCCUGACAGCCUUGCUAUUCUUGCCUUCCUUUAUAUGUGCCUGGCUAUUUCAGCUAAGUAUGGAGAUGUUCCCAGCGUGGACAUCGUGGUGUGGUCUGAGCUGCCCACGGGAGCCGGGCUGGGGUCAAGCGCUGCCUAUGCGGUGUGCUUGGCGGCGGCGCUGCUGCACGCCUGCGGAGCCAUCUCCUGCCCUCUGAAGGACGGAGAGACCACAGCCAGGUGGACGGGAGAAGAGAUGGCUCUGAUCAACAGCUGGGCCUUCCAGGGGGAGCGGGUGAUCCACGGCAAUCCCUCGGGUGUGGACAACGCUGUUGCCACUUGGGGUGGAGCCCUGAGAUACCAAUCAGGAAAAAUCAAAUCGUUAAAGAGGGUGCCGAUGCUGAGGAUCCUGCUGACCAACACCAAAGUCCCGCGAAGCACCAAGGUCCUGGUGGCGGGGGUCAAGGAGAAGAUCCUGAAGUUCCCGGCUAUAAUGAACCCAGUGCUGGACUCCAUCGAUGCCAUUUCUCAGGAGUGCCAAAGUGUUCUGGAAGCGAUGCCUGCAAAUCCAUCACCGGAGUAUUACCCUGUGCUGGAGGAACUCUUCGAUAUCAACCAGCACCACCUGAACGUGAUCGGAGUCGGCCACCCCUCCCUGGACCGGCUGUGCCGGGUGACGGCCUCGCACGGCCUGCACAGCAAGCUCACCGGCGCUGGCGGCGGCGGCUGCGGCAUCACCCUGCUGCGACCAGACACCACCCCGCUGGCCGUGGAAGCAGCCAAGCGAGAUCUGUGCGCUUGCGGAUUUGAAUGCUGGGAGACCGACAUCGGGGCCCCCGGCGUGACCCUGCACUCCUCCUCGUCUUUAAACGCCCAAGUGCUGCACGCACUCUCCGAGAGCUGAGCCGCUGCCCCUGGCCAGGCCGAGCUCUUGGCUGGCUCUGCCCUGCUGCCUGGGAGCUUCUCCCCAGUGAUCCCGUCUGGGUGUCUCUGGGUGCUGGGGUUCAGGGCCGGUGUCUUGGGGAGCUGGGACCGCGACGAGGACCCAGGAGCAACUGCUCGCACUUGCGCUGGGUCCGAGUCCGACCCAGCCUCUCAAAAAUCCUCUCUUGAAUUUCCUUACUCAACUGCUGUGCUAAUCUCGAGGGGCAGGAGGAGAGCUCUGGGCUGGAUUCCAGCACGGAUAAUGACACUCUGCUUGGUUCUCCUGCUUCAGAUGCAUGUGGUGUCUCUCCGCGUCUCCCCUGGCGUCCUGCGAGGGCGUGCAGCGAGGCUGGCGAGGCGGAUGUGCGGAGUGCUUUGACAUUUUUGGGUGAAAAGCAUCUUGGCAGCUCAGGGCUCGACACUUGGGUCUCGGUUUUUCCUGGACUGCAAUUUACCGCGGAAAGGAAACAUUUAAAUAGAGCUCUUACCUGUUACUAAUUAAGGCUUGGAUAAUUAACAUGAAAAGACAGCACAACUCUAAUGAAAUUAUCACUGUUUUCACCCUGUCUGGGCUAGUAAACGGGGUCCUGUAACCAGACCCUUUUCUGCUCAUGUGCCCGAGGUCUGGUUCAGACUCUGGCUGUUACCUGCAGGGAGGGUGGCUGAAGGCAAAGGCAGUUUUAGAAUCUCUAGAAUUUAGAAUUUUCUUACAGUAGCUCUUCUGGGAUCUGUCUGGGGAGCGUGCUCUCACACUUCUUCUGUCUUAAAUGAGCACGUGCUCGACCCGUGCCUGCUGGUGGGGGUGUGAACUGUGCCUCCUGUCGGGGGGGGUAAAGGUGGGGGAGAUGGGGGGUCAGCAAAAGCAAACACGGAUUUGUUCUAGUUUAAAGUAAUUGGUUUUAAGUAAGGAAAAAAUACUUUUCAAGAGCUGACCACCGUUUGCAAUUGGUGAGGUGUAAAACCUAAAUGUUUCUUCUUCUGAAAUCUUAACGGUGUACUGGUAACUGCAUGGAACCGGGAGGUGAGUACGUGACCCCGGAGUACCCUGAAGUAAUAAGCUGACUCUUAGUGGCUGGGGUCUCUUCGAUACCUGCUGAAGAUUUUGUUGUUGGUUUUUUGUUUUUUUUAAGUGUUGCUCUGUUCAAGAAUUAACUUCACUGAAAGCCAAAUAAUACAGCGUCAGAGGUGGGGGAGCUCGCUUUCCCCUUCCAGUGCAGGAAUAAGAAAUCAAGUGUGAGAAGCUGAGGUCUGCUAGCUCUAACAUUUUGCCAUCCUCAUGACCAGGUUCAGCUCACUGAUGAGGCAUAAAUAAAACUGUCUCUGUUUUUAAUAAAUCGACAUUUUAUAUGUGCAAA